CACACAAGUAAAAACCGCGACGGUGACAUUAGGGAAACACGAAGCGCGAUGAUAUCGCCACUGGUUUUGUUUUCACUUCAACUCUCGCGGGAUUUGGCGCCGAGUUCUCGCGAGCGCGGGCGGAGAAGAGAAAUGGAGAUAUGAGGGCUGAAAGGGAGCAGACGACAGGAAGCAGGGAGAGAGGCAUCGUCGAGAUCCAGUUCAGGGACGCCCAGAGGGAGCAGGAGAGCGCUUCGGCCAACCAAAAACAGAAAGAGGAGAAAAAGGAAAUCUUCACUAAGGUUGUUAUUCGCCGGCUGCCACCCAGUCUAUCAAAAGACCAACUUGCGGAGCAUCUCAGUCCACUGCCUUCAUUUGACUAUUUUGAAUUCUUUCCAGCUGAUCAAAGUCUGUAUCCACAUCUUUUCUCCAGAGCCUAUAUCAACUUUAAAAACCCUGAUGAUAUUGUUCUCUUCAGAGAUCGCUUCGAUGGUUACGUUUUCAUCGACAAUAAAGGCCAAGAGUAUCCGGCUAUUGUAGAAUUUGCACCUUUUCAGAAAGUUUCCAAGAAGAAACUCAAGAAGAAAGAUGCCAAGGCAGGAAGCAUUGAGGAAGACCCAGAAUACAAACGAUUUCUGGAGAACUACUCCUGUGAUGAGGAAAAGUCAAUGGCCAAUCCAGAAACACUGCUGGGGGAGAUUGAGGCUAAAACAAGAGAGCUUAUAGCUAAAAGGACAACCCCACUUCUGGAAUACAUAAAGAACAAGAAGUUGGAAAAACAGAGAAUUCGAGAGGAAAAAAGAGAAGAGAGGCGCCGGAGAGAGCUGGAGAAGAAACGGCAAAGGGAAGAGGAGAAGAGGAAACGCAGGGAGGAGGAGAGGCGAAAGCGUAAGGAAGCAGAGAAACAGAAGAAACUCUCUGAAAAGGAGAUCAAAAUCAAACUCUUGAAGAAAUGUGACAGGGAUGAUGAAGUGGACUCAGACAGACUGAAAGAUAAAGGAGACAGUGGCGAGACAGAGAGGAACAAGUGGGAGAAACCUGCAGGACACACUAAGUCAAAGGAACCAAAGGACAAAGUUCAGCUGGAGAGUGACAAGGAGCAGCGUGAAGGUCAUGGCCGCCGGCAGAGGGACAAAGAGCACAGGGGUCGAGAAGAGGAGCGCAAGCGGCAGCGGCACCACUAUGAGUUCGAUAAGUUCAUGCGGCGCAAGGAGGAGACCAAAUGGGGCAAAGGCUACUGUCAAGACAGGGCCAAAAAAGAUGGUCAUAAUCACAGUUAUUCAUACUGCCCAGAGACAGGGGACAAGCUGGGCAAGGACGAAAGGGAUGACAUGGGGAACAGGAAAGAGCGUAUUCGCAAUAAGUCUGUGUUAGUGCAUCAGGAGAAAAGGACCUCCCAGUCUGAGGGGCCAGACCAGAUAGGAGGGGCUCUGCCAGCCAAGGACCGGCCUGCCAUGCAGCUGUACCAGCCAGGCGCCCGCAACCGCAAGCGCAUGGGCUCCGGGAACAAAGCCUUUGACUUCAGCCCCAUCUCUCCAGAGUCCGGCGCUGAACACUGCUAUGAGCUUGCUAUAGGAACGAGCUCUGAGAAAAGUGGAGAUGAGUGACAGAAAAGCAUCUUCAGGCAAGGCAGGGAGAAGGGCAAUAAUGCAGCUGAAGAAUCGGCUUGUUUAAUCAUGUUCUGUUUCCUUUAUGCUGUCAGUGAGUGUUGUGAAUGGAGCCAGGCUCCUCCCUCAUUCUCAUGCACUACAUCACCAGUAUGUACAGAUUCAUGAAUUGUUAGGUCAGUCAAUGUUCAUGAAGGCUACUGUAUGCUUGAUAUGUGUGUGUGUGUGUGUCUAUAUAUAUAUGUAUGUAUAUAUAUAUAUGUAUGUAUGUAUAAGAUCACUGCCUGUUAGGAUACACGUUUUCUACACCACGCCACAGGAACUCGGCACACUUUAUCUGUUGACCACUUGUCUGAGAUCAAAUACCUCAUCAUUUACAGAGGACAGAUUUAUAUGCCUUUUGUAGUGAAUCAAAUGGAUUCUGACAGACUAGAAAGUUUUAUGGGCAGUAUAUAGAUUUUGCUGUCAAGACCAUAAAUACAUGUUGUGAAAUCUGUAUUUUUAAAAUGUUAAAUGUAUGCUUAUGUCAAAUCAGUUUUGCUAAUGCAGUAUGGCUCUGUAAGAGACACAUUUACGAUUUUUCUUUGUGUGUGCAGCGUGAGCAUAUGUAUGCGCAUGCCCUUUGCUUCAGCAUGUACCUCUUUAUUUCAAAUAAUAAUGCUAAACAAUGCCUUUAAGUGAUCAGUAUCCUCUGUGUUAGACUGACAUUGUGGCUUUUCAUGCGAUUACAGUACUUCUAGGUUGAUGUGAGCCUUUAGCUAAUUUCAGAUCAGUGUUUCACCUGCGAGCCAAGAAGAACAAAUUCUGAGUGAAAAGCUACUGAAAACACAAUAAACUUGUAUUUUACAUAGGUCAUGUAAGAUCUUUUGAAUGACAUUAUAUUUCUAAACGGUGUUCAACGGUUUUUCAUGUGGAAGAUUCAGAUAAACGACAGUGUCACGUGUCACAUGCCUUAGAGAUGAUUUGCACUUGACAGUUUCAUCCACCAUUAUAAGGGUGUUUGAAAUACAGGGUUGUUUUGCUCUCACUUAGAAGACCAAGAAAACUGAAUCUGUUCACAUAAGGUACUUCAAAGAUAUAAAAUUACAUUUUUGAUGGGUUUCCCUAUACUGUUUGUCUACAAUAAAGAUGUUAUCCCAUAAGAAAUGGA